CGGCCGUACCCGUGCUCCGCUAUAGCUAUAGGGUUGCAGGGCUUUCUGGAUUUGAAUUGUGCUUUUUUAUUUUUAUAAAAAAUUUCCGUCGUAGUUAUAAAAGGCGUGCGAGAGAGAAAAGACGCAUUUCUGCGUUGGUUAGGGUUUCUGGGUUUCGAUCUGCGAGAUAAUGGGUUUCCAAAUGCAGCCAUAUGGGAUACAAACAAUGCUUAAAGAGGGCCACAAACACCUCUCUGGUCUCGACGAAGCCGUCCUCAAGAACAUUGAUGCCUGCAAGCAGCUGUCCGCUAUCACUCGCACCUCUCUCGGUCCCAAUGGUAUGAACAAGAUGGUUAUCAAUCACCUAGAUAAGCUCUUUGUCACGAAUGAUGCAGCCACUAUUGUGAAUGAACUCGAGGUUCAGCAUCCUGCUGCCAAGAUUCUUGUCUUAGCCAGCAAAGCCCAGCAAGAGGAAAUUGGAGAUGGAGCUAAUUUGACGAUUUCUUUUGCUGGGGAACUCCUCCAGAAUGCAGAGGAACUUAUCAGGAUGGGCCUACACCCAAGUGAGAUCAUCAGUGGAUACACUAAAGCAAUUAAUAAGACAGUUGAAAUCUUAGAACAACUGGUUGAGAAAGGUUCUGAGAAUAUAGAUGUGCGAAAUAAGGAUCAAGUCAUUCGUCGAAUGAAAGCUGCUGUUGCUAGCAAGCAAUUUGGUCAAGAAGAUAUUUUGUGCUCCCUUGUUGCUGAUGCGUGCAUCCAAGUGUGCCCCAAGAACCCUGCAAACUUUAAUGUGGAUAAUGUCCGUGUUGUUAAGCUCUUGGGAGGGGGCUUGCAUAAUUCUGCAGUAGUUCGGGGUAUGGUUUUGAAAAGCGAUGCUGUGGGGAGUAUAAAGCGAGUGGAGAAGGCAAAGGUUGCUGUGUUUGCUAGUGGUGUUGAUACAUCUGCAACUGAAACAAAAGGAACUGUCUUAAUCCAUAGUGCGGAGCAGCUAGAAAACUAUUCAAAAACGGAAGAAGCAAAAGUUGAGGAACUUAUCAAAGCAGUAGCAGAUUCAGGUGCCAAAGUAAUUGUCAGUGGAGCAGCAAUUGGAGAGAUGGCAUUGCACUUCUGUGAGCGUUACAAGCUCAUGGUUCUGAAAAUUAGUUCAAAAUUCGAACUGCGACGAUUUUGUCGUACAACUGGUUCUGUUGCCAUGCUGAAGCUCAGCCAGCCUAAUCCAGACGAUUUGGGACAUGUCGAUUCUAUUACAGUUGAGGAAAUUGGUGGUGUGAGGGUUACCAUUGCCAAGAAUGAAGAAGGUGGGAACUCUGUUGCCACUGUGGUUUUACGGGGAAGUACUGAUAGCAUACUAGAUGACCUUGAAAGAGCAAUUGAUGAUGGAGUCAACACCUAUAAGGCUAUGUGUCGGGACAGCCGUAUUGUACCGGGAGCUGCAGCUACUGAGAUUGAGUUAGCUAGAAGAGUGAAGGAAUUCUCUUAUAAAGAAACAGGAUUGGAUCAGUAUGCUAUAGCAAAAUUUGCUGACAGUUUUGAGAUGGUGCCUAGAACAUUGGCUGAGAAUGCUGGGCUUAAUGAAAUGGAGAUCAUAUCUUCUCUAUAUGCCGAACAUGCAUCUGGAAAUGGCAAAGUGGGUAUUGACUUGGAGGAAGGUGUUUGCAAGGAUAUCUCAAUCCUGGAUGUCUGGGACCUCUACAUUACUAAGUUCUUUGCUCUCAAAUAUGCUGUUGAUGCUGCGUGCACUGUACUUCGUGUAGACCAGAUUAUAAUGGCAAAACCAGCCGGUGGCCCAAAGAGAGAUCAACCUGCAGGGAUGGAUGAGGAUUAGUUUCAUGUGGCCAUCACUAUAUUGGUUUUACUAGUAUCGCAAGGCAGGUUGCUGAACUGGUUAGGCAUCUGUUGAUUUAAUUAGAUGCGAAAGGCUUUAGUUUGAAAGAUUUUGUUUGAUGUAGGAAAAAUGUCUUAAAAUUUGUGCUUUGUAUAUGUCACUCAGCCCUUAGCCGUGUUAUGGUUGGGAAUGCUGGUGGUUUUCCAAUGUAUCCUGUUUACACUGA